AGCGCACGGUGCUCGGCUGUCGGUGCGGCGUCAGCGCGGUGUAGUCCACUACGCCGCGGGUCCAGCGGUGUCGGCUGUAAUGCAGCGGUGUGAUGUGUCGCACCGGACGGACCCCCUGACGCUCCGUACUCACUCGUCUUCGUCCCUGCAGGAGAUGGUGGCCGGCGGCUAGUUCCAACUUCGGACUCCGCGGUUUUGGUUCCUCGGCGAAGGCGCACUGACAUCCAGCUGAGGGCUCCUGAGAUGACGGAAGUAGAGCCAGUGUUGGACUUUGCCUCCUCGGGGCGCUCGGGGAGGAGAAAUGCCCUACCUGACAUCCUGGGCUCACCGGCAGGCGUGAACCCUGGCGACCUGCCUCUUAAGCUGGCUGAAAUGUCCCUCACAGAUGGUCCGGGAGGGGCCCAGUCACCCGCGGCGGAGGGGCCUCCUGCGCCGCCGGAGAGCUCGGAGGGGAAAGAGGGAUCGUAGGGGUCUCGUUGGAUUUACUCCCCGGAGACCUGCAACGAUAACCUGAGAGGAACGAGUUAGAGGGCGAACCUGUGGGAGAAAGAGAGCGAUUAUCUCUGGAGAGUCAGUCUGUUUGUGAAGCAGCUGAACCACGGAGGGAGAAUGACGAAAGCGACUCCCCAGAGACUGGAGCCUCGCACUCAGCAGCACGAUCUGAAAAGAGUCAGACGUCACUUAGUUAUGAACCAGUGAGAGAGAGAAGGUGUGUGUGUGUGUGUGUGUAUGUUUAGGUGAGUUAUACACUCACCGCGGACACUACGCUGAGAAUCAAAGGGACCAUGACAGAUUGUACACUGUACACUAUUUUUGUAUGAUUUAUUUGACACUAAAGACAAACAGGAACCCAUUAGUCAAACUGUAAUGUGUUCCAUUUCCUGCUGAUUUCUGUUUUGUAGGGAUGUGUGUUAUUAAACAUUGACAAUAUUAGGGACUUUGAUCGCAGCCCAUAGUGGUUUAAAGCUUUUUAAUCCAGCUGGAUGCAAAAUCAAAUGUCACAUUAAGUAAACAGUAGAUUUAAGAAAAUUGAAAAAUCUUUGUGUCGUCUCCUGCUUUUACACUAAAUGUCUACUGUAUGUUUUCAAACUGGAGGCUGUUGUACAGAGUAUCUACAUUGUAAAUGUACAGUUUUUAACCCCUCAUUGCAGACUGUUUUGAUCCUGGUAACACUGAACAGGGAUUUGAUCCAUUUUUUUAAAAAGAUGUCCAUAUGGUGAGAGGUGAUACGGUGGAAGAACCGUCCAUAUCUUGAGACAUUCCUUCAGAGAAUAGUGUCCCACUGCCGUCAAAUGAACACGCUGCUUCAUUAUAAUACAGAGAAAAGAUUUCUUUGGUGUUUUUUUUGCUCAAGGCUGCUUUUUAAAAGUCUCUUCACUUUCCAAACCUCUGAAAAUGUGCCUAGUGGCCAGCUCACAACCCCAAACGUGUGUGUGUGUGUGUGGUGUUCUUUCUCUGUGACGUACUGUUUAUCCACCAUUUUGGGCUACUGAUAU